CAGAAGACAUCGCUACAAGUCGUUCAUCAUGCCUCGGAUUAACAUCAAAGGGGGUGUUUGGAGGAACACUGAGGAUGAAAUUCUCAAAGCUGCUGUUAUGAAAUAUGGCAAGAAUCAGUGGGCACGGAUAGCUUCUUUGCUACACCGCAAAGCCGCUAAGCAGUGUAAAGCUAGGUGGUACGAAUGGCUUGAUCCCAGUGUCAAGAAAACAGAGUGGAGCCGUGAAGAAGAUGAAAAGUUACUACACCUUGCAAAGCUUAUGCCAACUCAAUGGCGAACAAUUGCUCCGAUAGUUGGAAGGACUGCAAACCAAUGUUUGGAACGCUAUGAAUAUCUUUUGGACAAAGCACAAAACAGAGAAGGGUUAUCUGCAGAGGAGGAUCCUAAACGCCUCCGUCCAGGCGAAAUUGAUCCAAAUCCGGAGACUAAACCUGCCCGUCCAGAUCCUGUUGAUAUGGAUGAAGAUGAAUUAGAAAUGCUUUCAGAAGCCAGAGCACGGUUAGCCAAUACACAGAGUUAUUCCUUUAAUUCAUAGAAAUAAGAGGAAUUCGUUUGACUGUCAGGGUUCUUUCUGCUUUUAAUUUUCUAAACUGAAUUUCUCCCAUAAUGUACUACGCUCAUCCACUUAUUUUCGAUCAUUCGGUUAUUUUUUGAUUAUAUUCUCUACCUGUUUACAAUUUCAACCUCUUAUGUUUUUCUUAAUUUUUUAAGUAUUUAUUUGUACCAAUAUAUGUUCAAGUAAAUAAAAGAAAACUAGGAUUUUUACGAACUUCUACAUUCGGCAUGCUAACAGAGUUCGUCUUGGUUGAGUGUUGGACACUAGUAGUAGAUCAAACUAAGUUAUCCGAACUCAAGUCAGAUAACGAUUACUUUAUUAUCUUUCAGUAUUUGCAAAUAAUUUAUUUGCUGAUUCUCUGAAAGUGAUAUUAGCCAUGCGGUUUUACUUUUCAGCAUGCCAUUUCACUUGUAUUAAUCUGUUUCUAAUUGUUUCAACACAAAUCCAUUAAGUCUAUCCGAGCAUCCUCUUAUUAUGCUUGCCAUCCUGCCAUCCAUGUUAAUCGCUUCUAGUGAUGAAACCUCUGUACCUCCAUACUUUCCUCGUGUUUGCAUGCCAAUGGACUAAAAGUUGGGGCUAUUAGGGUGAUUCUCAUUCUUUGAAAGUGCUCUCAUGUCCAGUUCUGUAAAAUCAAUCGUUCUUGUGUAUGCUGGUUUCGAUUAUUCAUUUUCUUUAAAAUCAAAUUCAUGUCUGAAAAUCCUUUCACAUCUGUUUGUUUAUACACUUUACACUUGAAAGACGUAAAAAAUUUUAUUUGCAUGGCUCAUAUCUAACUCUUCGUUUACUUGUUCUUUGUGAUCUUAGGGUAAAAAAGCAAAGCGUAAAGCUAGAGAGCGUCAGCUCGAGAUUGCACGAAGAAUGGCUAUGAUGCAAAAACGUCGGGAACUUCGAGCAGCUGGUCUAGGAACAUUCUUAGGGUUAGCACCGAAAACGAAGCCAUGCAUGGAUUAUAAUUCCGAAAUUCCAUUUGAGAAGCAACCUCCCAAAGGGUUUUAUGAUACUAGUAGGGAAAAACCAGAAAUCAAACCUAUGGACUUUCAACGUUUAAGACUUUCAGAUAUCGAAAAAGAAAGUUUCAUGGAAAGGGAGAAGCGUGAGCGUAAAAAGGAUGCUGAACGUCAGGCUAAACGUAUGCAAUCUGAUUUACCUGGAGUUAUUUUGCAACGUGGGAAUUCUUUGGAUGAGCCACUGUUGAAACGAUCUAAACUUGUACUUCCUGCUCCUCAAGUAUCUGACCUGGAAUUGGAAAAUUUAAUCAAAGUCGGUCAAGCCGGUGAAAAUGCUGUAAGAAUGGCUAUUGAAGAUGCUGAUGGUGAAUUGGGCUCUGCAACACAUCCUCUUUUACCGGAAUAUCCUACCGGUAGUUUUGCAACACCUGCGUUAAAUCUUCAACGCACUCCAAUGGCUGUGAUAGAUUCUGUGACUAGAGAAGCACAAAAUAUUUUAGCUUUGCAGCAAGUUCAAACUCCUCUUAAAGGUGGUGAAAAUACUCCAUUAGUUGGUGAAUCUGAUUUUUCUGGUACAACGCCUCGUUUACCAAAUACUCUAGCAACUCCGAAUGUUUUACUUCCUAGUCAAAUAAUUGGUGCUACUCCAUUUCGUACACCGAACAGCAACAUUGAAAAUGGCACUCCAAAUCUUCUCAUGGGUGGUGAUGCUAAUAAUACACCUGGUCCAUUAAGAAAAGGUGAACAACAUUAUGGUCCCCCGGUGUCAAAUACACCACUAAGAAAUCGUUUGAAUAUAAAUCCAAUCGAUGGAAAUAAUUUAGAUGGUCUUAAUAAUAUUAGUAACAAUAAUCAUUCCGAAGGUAUGGUAGACUAUUAUGACCAAAAUGGUGUAAAAACAAAUCUACGCAAAAGUUUAGCUAAUCUACCAACACCGAAGAAUAAUUUCGAAAUAUUUCUCCCUGAUGAAACUAAACCUAACGGUGAUGAUGCUGAUGAUAAUGACGUUGAAGGUGUUAACGUAGAUAUGGAUCAAUUGGAAGAGGAGAGGGGAACUGCUUCAAGAAUUCCAGAUCAGUCAGAUUUAGAUAGACAAUCUGAAAGAGAACGUGCUAAAGCCGCUGAAUUGGAAUGGUCUAAACGAAGUCAAGUUGUUAGACGAUCUUUACCUAGACCAUCAGCUGUGAACCAUACGAUUUUGCGUAAUAUUCCAGGUUCAGUUAACCAACUAUCUCAACAAGAUGCGAAUAUGACAGAUUUACAAAAGGCUGAAGAGUUGAUUAAACAAGAAAUGGUAACAAUGAUGCAUUAUGAUAAUUUAAACAACCCACCAUCAAAUCAAUUGUUGGAUGCAGCUAAGCAAACUACUGGUCCAAGUGGUGGCAGUGGUGUUGCUCCAGCUAGUCAACAGCGACGUUAUUUACAACAGAUAAAAGCUACACAUGAAAGUUUUUUGAAAGAUUGUCCAUAUGAACAGUUUGUUCCGGAUGAUUUGAAAAUGGCGGAAAAUUUAUUGGAAGAGGAGAUGCAUGUCGUUCGAAAUGGUAUGGGACAUGGUGAAUUAUCAGCUGAAGCAUAUGCUAAAGUUUGGCAUGAGUGUUUAAGCCAAGUUUUAUAUUUGCCAGCACAUAGGCGUUAUACACGAGCUAACUUAGUAACAAAACGUGAUCGGAUUGAAUCACACGAGAAACGAUUGGAUCAACUUCGUCAUCUUAUGGCUGAAGAAGCUAAACGAGCAGCAAAACUGGAGAAGAAACUCAGGAUAUUGUUAGGUGGAUAUCAGGUAAUCUGUAAUGUACAAUCUCUUUAAAUUAUUUUGGACCUAGUAAAUUUGUUGAUCAAGUUGUUUCAAACUCUGUCAUUUGUACAUAUGUGUGCAAAAAAUGAGUAUACAUUUUAUCAAGGCUUUAUUAAAUUUCUCAAGGUAUUCACCCGCCGAAAGUAAGUUCGGAGACCUAAUUUUUUGUCAUAUCUGUGGGAUGAUUUGAUGAAAUGUAGUUGCCCAACCUUACACACUGUCGCUUGUUGGUAGUAUACUUGUGAAUAUAGUAUGCAGUGUGUUUUGCUUAUGAACAUGUACGUAAAGAAAGCAUCUGCAACCACUAAUGCCUACAAAGAAGUCAUUUGGCAAACAAUACGUAACUUAUGUUUGCUUCAUAAUAGAUGUAAGCAUAAUUUUAUUUUUAGAUUGUAUUCAUCACACGUUGGUCUCAGUUAAAGUUCUAUUGAAAACUGGAAAACACUAUGCAGCUGUUUCGUCUUGUUACGGGACUCUAUAGUAGUUUGCAUCCGCAAUCCUAUCGGGGAUCAAAUCCAAAACCUUUAUGUCUCACAGAAAACUGUUGACCACAAAGUCACUGUUUUGGGGCUCACUGAUACACUUACAACUUCAACCAAUUCGCGAUAAAGGACGACUAUUCAGUGUUAUCAGUAAUAAUUGUUUCACUUUAAACACGUUUGAACUCUACCAGUCACAACCUUAUUUACUGUAUAUUUUCCAGUUAACAUUAGGUGACUCUCCAGUUCUGUUUUCUAAACUGAAGACUUAAUAAUCCUUUUUUAUUUCAUAUCCUAUUCCAUAAAAUAACUAACUCACAUUUCUCCUAUUAUCCAUUUUUAGUCACGUGCACAAACCUUAAUGAAAGCCAUUGAAGAAAGUGUCGAUCAAACUGAACAAAGUCAAAUGGAAUUAACCACAUAUGAACGACUUCACGAGCAAGAGUUAUGCGCUAUCGCUAGACGUUCUGAUGUUUUAGAAGCUGAUGUUGAACGUCAACAAAAACGAAAUGCUGAUCUUCAACGAGAGUAUGGUAGAUUAAUUCGUAUUCGUGAAGAACGUGAAGCAGACGCUUUCUUAGCUAGUAAUAUGGAUUUGAUUAGUAAUGGUGGUGGUGGUGGUAAAGAUGAUGGUGACACAUCAAUAUCGGUCACCGCUAGUGGUGAUGUUACAUCUGUUUCAAUGGAUAUACAUAAUCAAUCUAAUACUGAAUCAUCACAAGGACAAAAACAAACAAUGAUAUAUGGAAAUAAGAAUAUAGUAUCAGGCAAGUGGAUUGCUGUGACACAGAUUGAAAAUAUAGAAGAUCCUGAUCAAUCGAUGUUAUCCAAUGGAGAGAUUCCUACACAGUCUCUUCAUGAUUCCAAUCAUUUCGAACAUGAUAAUAAUGAUAAUCAUCUUCACUAUACUACUGAUGAAAAUGUUAUUGUGUCUCCUUCAAAUAACAAUGAGAAAACAUCGCCUAAUGAUACAGAAUCAGUGAAUAAUAUCGUGAUCGAAUCAACAGUAAAGCAACAAACUAUUAGUUCACAUUAAAAUGUUAUUUUAUCUAAUUUCCGUGUAUACAGAAUUGUUUUUGCCUACCUUUUUUCCCCUUCUCUCUCUCUUUUUCCCCAUCUCUCCCCCCUCAAUCUGAUUUUCCUGCUUCCCAAGUGUGUGUGUGUGUUUCAAAAAAAACAUCUUGGUCCUAUUCACUUUUUUUUAUUUCCCUUCUUUUUGUGUAUGAAGACUUCAGAAUUUUCUAUACAUUAUGCAAAGUAUAAACUAACUAGCUAAUGGCAAUUUGUUCACUGUUUUCUUUAUAAAUUAGUGAAUUAUGUAUUUAUGCCUGUAUUGAAAAAAACUAUAAAAGAAACAUUUUGUUUCACACCAUUAUAUCUAUUACUUCCUCUUUCUCUCUCUCUCUCUGUCUCUGCUAUUCACUUAAGUGUGUUUGUAAAGAAUAGUAAUAAGAAUAAUAAACAUCGUAAUGAUUAUAAUUAUCACUAUUAUUACAGUUAUGUAAUCUAUGCAUAAAUUCUAUUAUUGAAAAGAAGAUUAUUUUUAACCAUUUUGGUAAACAAAUAAAUUUGAUAAAUUUAUAAGUCAAUUGAAGCUAGACCAGUAUGGGAAACUUGGAAGCAUUGGACGGCCGUUUUGUCCUAUUGUGAAACUCCCCAACAGUGUGUAACCACGAUUCUGUCUCGUGAGAUUCGAACUCAGGACCUAUCAGUCUCGCACACGAACACUUAAUCUUUAGACCAUUGAGCUGGCAAUUUCGUGGAUUAGUUGAAAUUAAACAUUAACACCGUUGGUUAAGCGUUCGCUCCCGAGACUGAUACGUCCUGGGUUCGAAUCUCGCUAGGAGGGGUCGUGGAUGCGCACUGCUAAGACGAAACGGCCGUUCAGUGCUUCCAGGUUUUCCAUGGUGGUCUAGCUUCAAUCGACUUAUGAAUUCAACUAUAAAAUUACUAAAAUCUCCACAAAACCCCUUCUGAAAAUAAAAUUGACUUAGUUGGAAUAAAGAGUAUCGAUGUUUAGAUUUUCCGUUAGAACGAGAGAUUUUCUUGACAAUUCAUUUUUCAAUAUAAUAUAAAGUUCACAAAUAAAACAUACUCUUCGAAAUACUUUAGUUCUCUUAAAGGCAAAAAUAUCCCCUUUAUGUUACCAUACAAUUGUGUCUACAAAUUAGGAAGUGUCGAUUGUGAUGUCUUCUAAUAUUAGAGAGUCAUCUCAUAAAAUAGUGACUUGAGCUAAAGAACAUGUUAGGUGCACAAAGAAACCAUGGUACUCGGAAGAUUCAAAAUUAAAUCAGAAAUAGCAGUUCAUAUCAUUUUUAUCAACCAUCAAAUCGAUAUUAAAAACAUCAAAAUAAUACAAAACAGCUUUUCCAACUAUAAAGAAAGGUGAGUGGCUGAAGCUUUUCAUAUAUUGCUUAAUCCUACUGCCCUCAAUAAAAACAAAGUCUCACUAUCUAUCUGACUUGGACUAUCUAUCCGAGCUAGUAUGUCUGAUUCUAUUCUCACAUUUCACACCAUUAUCGUACAUACAAAUCCAACUCUAUCCUUUCUCACCAGAAAUAUCGUAUAUUCCAUCCUUUACCAUCCGUACAUACAAAUAUACAAACAUGCCUCAUAUAAAUCACCUUGACCGGAAUGACGUAACACUGACCAAGUCAGUGUCAUGUGGUUUUUGAUUGAUCACACCAAAUAUUCUUGCUUUGUACGUUUAUACUAUUUAAACUAAUUAAUUUGAUUUGGUUAUUUAUUCUCUGAAGAAGUGGGUUACAUUGAGUCACGAAACGUCAGAAAUUUUACUUAUAAC